CCAGCGCUUCCUGUACUCUUCGCAUCUUUGGGUCCUUCUGGUUUCUCUCUCUAUGGGCCACCGUGGAGGAUAGAACUCAGCACAGACAACAGUCGGGGGUCCUUCUCAGCUUUAACCAGCUGUGCUUUCCUUAAGCGGGUGCAAAAAAGGAACUCAGGAGUCCUGAGUCGCAGCUCCUCUAAGUGCAUGGAACAUCCUUCCCAGAGUCAUAGAAUAGAGAGAGGGUUGCCAACAGUUCAUUGCCAGAAUGAGGGACACGAGUUUGCGGGGGCUGGCCGGCCGGGGGUGGGGCAGGAGGUGUAUGCAGCGGUAAUCAAGGGCCUGAGUAUCCUUUACAUCUAUGGAAUCGAAUCAUGUGCUAUUGAGGGACAAAUGCUGUCCCUCUAGGGACCAACAUUUCAUCCCUGGAAUGAGGGACAUCCUGCGUAAUGAGAGACAGUUGGCAACCCUAAAUAGAGACCACAGUCCAGUUGGCAGUUAGUCGUGUGCUUUCCCUGCAGGAGAAAUCGCCACCCAUUCUCCCCCACCCUGGAGGAGGCAUGUGUGCUCUUGUAACAGCUGCUCGAGAAGCAGAAAUUAAUCAGGUGCAGCUUCACUGCACGGAGAUGCCCAGUAGCUUCUCCCCUAGGCACACAGGGUGAGGUCUUAUUCCUGUUCCAGCAUAGGGUCAGCAACCCUACAAGCAGGCUUCCCUUCAUCUGGCAGGUUGCUUCCUUUUGCAAACAUUUUGGAGAAUGGUAGUUAGUGGUUAGAGAAUGCCACAGGUCUCUGUCUAGCACACUUGUUGUGGUUUAUUUCUGACUCUGCACAAACCUAGCUACUUGGUUGCCCCACAGAGACAUCAAGUAUCUAUGUGCACACACAUGCAUUCAGACUAAAAUGCAGACAUGCAUACAUAGUAAAAUAAAAUGCAGAGUUGCCUGUGCACCUGAAUUGCUUUUUAACACAGACACUGCUAAGCUUUUAUUUAUUUAGACAAUUUAUAAUUUGCUGACCCAUUACGAUUCUCAAAGCAGAGUGCAAUAUUUAAAAAUGCAUUACGAAAUCAUAACAAGCAACAGAACAGAGGAACAGCUGAAAUGCCAUAGGAGCGAACUAAUAUAAAACAGGCAAUAACUCAGCAUGAAACGCUUGCCCAGGAAGAACCGUCCUAAAUGCCUGCCUAAAGGGGUGUGUCAUACUCUAGUCGGGGGCUGGUUCUCGAGCUGAGGGCCCACAACCAACCGAGUCCUUUUAGCAGGGGGGCCAGCAAAAGCUUCUCUCAUCAGCACGUCUUAAAGAGGACCAAAGGAAAUACAGAAGAAGGUGCUUCCUCAAGUAUCCUGGGACCAGAUUAUAAAGGAUUUGAAAGAGAGAGAAAGAGAGAGAGCUGUCCAUCAAGUUGGAACAAACAAACAGAAAAACAGGAUGCCAGAAGCACCGCUCACGUUACCGACCCUCAUCCGGUCUAUACGGAGUGCGCGGACCCAGGCUGAGGAGCGCGAGCUGGUCCAGCGAGAGAGCGCCAAGAUCCGGGGGGCCUUCCGGGAUGAUGAACCGGACACUCGGGCCUCCAAUUUUGCCAAGCUGCUCUACAUCCACAUGCUGGGAUAUCCUGCCCACUUUGGACAGAUGGAGUGCCUGAAGUUAAUCGCUUCCCACCAAUUCCAUGAAAAACGGAUUGGCUACCUUGGCGCUGCCCUCCUAUUGGAUGAGAAGCAGGACACCCACCUUCUGCUGACCAAUAGCAUCAAGAACGACCUCCUCCACCCCAGUGCCUGGGUGCAAGGCCUGGCCCUGAGCACCUUGGGCUCUCUGGGAUCAGCGGCCAUGUUGCGGGACUUGGCCAGGGAGGUGGAGAAGCUGGGCAGGGCAGGGCAGCCCUCGGUGCGGAGGAAGGCUGUGGUCUGUGCGGUACACAUUAUCCGGAAGGUGCCGGAUCUCACAGAUGCAUUCACUCCACUUGGUGAGCACCUGUUGACCGAACGAAGUCACAGCAUCCUGCACGGUGCUGUCAUGCUGACUGCAGAGAUGUGCGAACGGAACCCCUUGUCCCUGGUCCACUUCCGCAAGUGUGUUCCACAGUUAGCCGGGCUGCUGCGUAACCUGGUGGUGGCUGGGUACUCUCCAGAUAACAGUAUUUCGGGAAUCAGUGACCCUUUUCUGCAGGUGCAGAUCCUACGGCUCCUGAGGAUUCUGGGACAAGACGAUGAGGAGACCAGUGAUGCCAUGAAUGACACAUUGGCCCAGCAGAGGAUACAGCACAUAUACCUGUGCCAGAAUCGAGCUUCUCGGGGACAGGCUAAAGAACUGAGUCAGAUAGAGGUGGCCACCAACACAGAGACAACCCGGAACGUGGGCAAUGCCAUCUUGUACGAGACGGUUCUGACCAUCAUGGGAGUGCACUCGGCUAGCGGGCUCCGGGUUCUUGCUAUAAAUAUCCUCGGGCGAUUUCUUCUUAACAAGGAUCGGAAUAUCAGGUACGUGGCUCUAAUCGCGCUUCAGAAAUUGUUGCAAGCAGAGAACAGCGCUGUCCAGAGGCACCGAGCCACCGUUCUGGAGUGCCUGACUGACCCUGACUCAACUGUGAAGAGGCGAGCCUUACAGCUGAGCCUCGCCCUGGUGAACAGCAGCAACAUAAGAGCGACCAUGAAAGAGCUCCUGAAUUUCCUUGAGACCUGUGCCCCGGACCUGAAGUCAGACUGUGCUUCCGGAAUAUUCCUGGCUGCCGAGAAGUUCGCACCCAGCAAACGUUGGCACAUAGACACCAUUCUCCAAGUUCUCACCAUGGCUGGCUCCUACGUCCGUGACGAUGCAGUGCCCAACCUCAUCCACCUCAUUGGAGGUGCAAAUGAACUCCACUCUUAUGCUGUGCAGCAGCUGUACGAUGCACUGGCCCACGAUAUCUCUCAGCAAUCCUUGGUUCAAGUGGCCACUUGGUGUAUUGGCGAAUACGGCAGCUUCCUGUUGGAUGAAAAGUGUGAUGAAGUGGUGCCUAAGCAGGUGGACCCGGAGGAGAUUCUCUCCCUUCUGGAGAGGGUGCUCCAGUCGCAUCUCUCCCUGCCGGCUACCAGGGGCUACGCGCUCACCGCCCUCAUGAAGCUCGGGACCCGUCUCCAGGGCAGCCCCAUCAACUGGAUCCGGAGUUUGGUUUCCAUUUAUUGUAGCUGCCAUGACAUCGAACUGCAGCAGCGAGCUGUGGAGUACAAUGCCCUCUUCCGGAAAUACGACCACCUCAGGGGAUCGCUUUUGGAGAAGAUGCCCCUACUGGACAAAACUAGUUACGGCGAGGAAGGAAACAGAAAAGAGCAGAAUGAAAGAGAGGACCUUACCCCUUGUGUCCUGGAGGUGGCGCUGUCCAGCAAUUCCAAAGAACAGGAGUCGAACCAGGUCUCCGAUCUCUUGGAUCUUCUUGGGGGACCCAUAGAUUCCUCUCCACCUCAGCCUAGCACAGACACGCCUGUCGCGAGCUCCUUCCUCGAUUUGCUUGGGGAGCUAAGUUCUCCAGCCACCGCCGCACUUCCCCGCCUGACCAUUUAUGAGCAAGAUGGGCUGCUGGUUGAAUUCUCCAUGGAGCGGCCCCCGCUGGAACCCACCCUGCUGCUCAUCACAGCCACGGUAUCCAACACAACCCCUGACGACAUCACUGGCUUUUCUCUGCAAGUGGCUGUCCCCAAGUCCUUCCAGGUGGAGCUUUUGGCCCCCAGUGGUUCUACGGUCUCAGGCCAGGGUGGGUCCCCCAUCACCCAACUCAUUCGUGUUUUGAACCCAAAGAAGGUCCCGCUCCGGAUGCGGCUACGGCUUGCCUACUCUCUCCCCUCUGGGUCUCUGGUACAACGGAUUGAGGAAAUCAGCUCCUUCCCAGAGGCUGCCUGGAAGUGAACUGCAAGUUUGCCGCUAAGCACACCUCUGGUCCAUUUCCCCUGAAGCAUUAUAUUAAGGAAACCUUUUAAGGAAACUCUUGCAAAAAGGUGCAAUUACAGCAGCUAACCACCAGGUGGCACCUUGGUCCCAUUUGGAGGUCCCUGAUAAUCAACACACACAAAUUCUGGAAGUCUGGGUGUGUUAUUGGAGGGGGCAGGGGUGUCCACUGAUCACUGGACAGGAGGCAGUGUGGGGCAGGUAGUGGUGCAAAGAACUUUUUAGGAAAGAUCCCAAGAAAAAAGGGCAAGGCAAGAGGGGGGCAGGGAGAGAGGGGGAAUCCCCUUUCUCUGCUCACCUGCCCUUGUUCUCACUCCCAGCUGCUGGGAAAUCAAUUCAAUUGAUCAGUUAGGCAGGGAAAUUCCACAACAACCGAGCGAGCGAGACUAAAUGGAAAUCAAUGGAGAUAAAGAGUCAGGGGGAGGAAAGAACCCUCAAAUAAAAACAAACAAGGCUGUUUCCCCUUCAGCUGUCCUUCUUCAUUGCCUGGUUCAGUUUUUCCUGCCCUGACACGAGGCAGGAGCCAGUGGCUGUGAUGCCACCCUUUGCACCCGCCUGGCCUGUCUCAGUGGUCCCCAAGCCUGGGUCCCCAGAUGCUGUUGGACUACAAUUUCUGUCAUCCACUGCCACAAUAGAGCCCAUUGUGGCAGGGGAUGAUGGGAGUUGUAAUCCAACGGCAUCUGGGGACCCAGGACCCAACGAGGGCUACUGAGGAAGGUGAAAUCCUAAGUUAUGGUAAUAUCCAUCCCCUAUGAUACGUUCUGGUUGUCAGAGUUCUGUUAGCCACAAUAACUGAGGCAGCAAUUGAGGCUUAUGACCUGCCAACAGAUCAGCACUAGCCUCCAUGCAUUCCUCUAAUCCCAUGUAAAGGCCAUUUGGGUUAACAGCCAUUGUUUAAAACAUCAUGUGGCAAUAAGUUCCACAGGUUCACACUGCCUUAGAUCAGUAAGUUGCACUUCCUUUGGGUUCCCCCCCCCCAACUCUCUCUUAGAUUUGCUCCCUGUCACUUGUCCAAUGGCCUUAAUUUUGGAAUGUGAAUUAAAUAUAUCUUCCUGUA